AGUGAUCGCUUUCCUUCUAGAUAAGAUCCAUUAAAUGUUGUUUCUACUUGCUCCCACCUGCACCAUUAUUAAAGAGAGACUCUCUCCUAUCGUUCCUUCAUCAUCACAAAUAUGGAAGAAGAAGCUCCUCCAGUGCCACCUGCACCGCCCAUAGUGGCCAUGCUGCCAUCCCCUGGCAUGGGCCACCUAAUCCCAAUGAUCGAGUUCGCCAAGCGAGCGGUGCGCUACCAUAACCUGGCCGUCACCUUCGUCAUCCCCACUGACGGCCCACCUUCUAAAGCCCAAAAGGCCGUCUUCCAGGCCCUCCCGGACUCCAUUUCCCACACCUUCCUCCCUCCGGUCAAUCUCUCCGACUUUCCACCGGGCACCAAAAUUGAAACCCUGAUCUCCCACACCGUCCUCCUCUCCCUCCCUUCCCUCCGCCAAGCCUUCCACUCCCUCUCCUCCACAUACACCCUCGCCGCCGUCGUCGUCGACCUCUUCGCCACCGACGCCUUCGACGUCGCCGCCGAAUUCAAUGCCUCCCCCUACGUCUUCUACCCCUCCACAGCCACCGUCCUCUCCAUCGCCCUCCACCUCCCCACCCUCGACAAGCAGGUCCAGUGCGAGUUCCGAGACCUCCCGGAACCGGUCACCAUCCCCGGUUGCAUUCCUCUUCCCGUCAAGGACUUUCUAGACCCGGUUCUGGAGCGCACCAACGAGGCCUACAAGUGGGUCCUACACCACUCCAAGCGCUACCGAGAAGCCGAGGGAAUCAUCGAGAACAGCUUCGCCGAACUCGAACCGGGCGCCUGGAACGAGCUGCAGAGGGAACAACCGGGACGGCCUCCGGUUUAUGCGGUCGGGCCGCUUGUGAGAAUGGAACCCGGUCCCGCCGACUCCGAGUGCUUGAGGUGGUUGGACGAGCAGCCACGUGGCAGCGUGUUGUUUGUUUCCUUCGGAAGCGGUGGGACCCUCUCCAGCGCCCAGAUCAACGAACUGGCUCUCGGGUUGGAAAAUAGCCAGCAACGGUUCUUGUGGGUGGUGAAGAGCCCAAACGAUGCAAUAGCCAACGCGACUUACUUCAACGCGGAGAGCCACGAGGAUCCCUUGCAGUUCUUACCAGAAGGGUUCGUGGAGAGAACAAAAGGAAGGGGCUUUUUGGUUAAGUCAUGGGCUCCGCAGCCACAGGUUCUGGCCCAUCAAUCAACGGGAGGAUUCUUGAGCCAUUGCGGCUGGAACUCUAUACUGGAGAGCGUGGUGAACGGCGUGCCUUUAAUAGCCUGGCCUCUGUUCGCGGAGCAGAGGACCAACGCGUUUAUGCUCAUGCAUGAAGUCAAGGUGGCGCUGAGGCCCAAAGUUGCCGAGGACACUGGACUUGUCCAGAGCCAGGAAAUAGCCAGCGUUGUCAAGUGCCUCAUGGAAGGCCAUGAAGGGAAGAAGCUUCGUUACCGAAUCAAGGAUCUCAAGGAGGCUGCGGCUAAGGCUCUCUCUCCAAAUGGUUCCUCCACCGACCAUAUCUCCAAUUUGGUUCUCAAGUGGACCAACAAAACCACCAUCUCUACUAGUGGCUAGCUUUUAUUUUUCUUCUUCUUCUUCCUGUAAUUUUAUUAUCUGCACUUAUAAAAUGUCGCUUUAUGUAUUUAUUUUAUCUGGGAUGAUGAUAAAGGUUUGGUUUGGUUCCA